GUCCAAUCGAGUCUCAUCUCUAGUUACUAGUACGUAGUUUUGGCGGGAAGUAAUGGCGUCGCGAAUUUGAAGAUCUCUCACUUGUCAUUUUUCAACGUUUUUUUUCAUUUGUGAACUUUAACAAAACAUGAUAACUCCAGAAUUUACCGAAUAACACCGAAACGUUCAAAUCGAUGCGAUCGAGGGAUGCUCACAAUACAGUUCGGACAGUGCGGAAAUCAACUCGGGUACAACUUACUAUCGAAGGUAUCUGCUGACUUAAAAAGUCCAAAUACCGGCGUUUCUUAUGGCGUUAAUUACGAGUAUACGGAAAACACAAUCGAAAAGUGGUUUGAUGGAAUUGCCGAAGAUGACCGGUGUCUCGCGAGAGCGAUUCUCGUCGAUACCGAAGAGAAGGUUGUGAACAAAAUACGUAAAGAAACGACCACAUCGUGGCUCUAUCGACCAAGUAACAUCGUUUGCCAAUGUGACAGUGGUGGUUCUGCCAACAAUUGGGCCUAUGGCUACUGUAUAAACAGCAAACUAUUGUCAAACACUAUUUUAAAUGUUACACGACAACAGAUUGAAAAAUUAGAUCGUUUCCAGGGAUUUCUUCUGCUUCUUAGUUCAGCUGGUGGCACAGGAUCUGGUGUUGGAAGUCGUAUGAUUGAACUUCUACGUGAGGAAUAUAUGACUAAGACCAUUGUUGCUGCAAUUGUAUUGCCAUUUACUUUUGGAGAAGUAUGCGUUCAAAAUUAUAAUACUAUACUGACUUUAGCAAAGUUCUGCAAUCGAGCUGAUCUUUCAUUAUUAUUUGAAAAUGAGAAGGUAUAUGCUACAUGUGCCAACUUGUUACAAAAUUCUAACACAGCGUUACAUGACAUGAACGAUAUUGUUGCUGAAAAUCUGCUUGCUGUCUUUCAGCCUAUUAAUGACACCAGAUAUAACGCGAAUUCCUUAGUAUCCAGUGUAGCAACACAUCCUAGUUUUAAAUUUGCAACAAUCAAGAGUACUCCUUAUGUUCCUGCAACAUCUCUUCAAUAUGAACCCACACACAAGUGGGAUGUGUAUAUACGCCAUUUGGAGCAUGCUCUACAAGUGUCAAGGUCCCAAGCAGAAUUAACUAACAUCCAACAGAAGAAACCAACUGCUUCAAUAAGCAAAAGCAUGUGUUACAUGUACAAUCCCUGUGUAUCCAAUAUUCUUGUGACACGUGGUAGAUCUAUGGCAGAUGAUAUUAUAGUGACAACAAGUCUGCAGAAAAAGCAUUUAUACCCAAACUGGAUUGCAUCAGAUCCAUUUACUCAUUUGCAUCAAGAACGUAGAAUUUUGAAUCGAAACAAAUUUCUAACAUUAGUCACAAAUAAUUCUGAGAUACACCGUCCAUUGGAUGUGUACCUAGAUAAAGCAUGGAAUUCUUAUAAGUGUGCAGCUUUCUUGCAUCAGUACAAACAGUUUGGCUGGGAAGAAGAUGAUUUCUUGCGAGCUUUUGCAAAAGUUGAGAACAUUGUGCAGGAAUACAAGAAUUUGAGCCAGAAUGGAAAUUAAUUUUGUCUACAUAUAAUUUGCAUUCAACUAGUGUAUUGUCAUCAAAAGAUUCAAUAUAAUUAUGUACCUGAGAAAAGCAGAAGACAGUGUAUAAACUUAUUUCGGAAUCCAUUCUCUCGACGUCUUUCCUACGCUUUUUCGUGUAGCGCGUGGGCGCUUACGCGAGACCGUCAGUAUCACGGUCAUGGUUACUACGAGAUGAAGAGGGGUAGUCGUGACGUCAUUGGGGAAUCGACCAAGCUGCGGCUACGACGAACACAUGAAAGAGAUUCUCGCGAGGAAGAAGGAAGGUGGAUGCAGAAUCAAAGACUUGACCUUUUAGUUUCUUGGAAAAGAGGGAAACAUUUCCAGGAAACGCGUGUUUCUUUGCAACCCUCCUUUCACGCCAACUCGGAAAACAUCCAAGAGGUGAUCGAGCGACGGUAUCUCGUCGAAUGAGCUGACUCCAGGCUUACUAGCGUUCCAAAAUAUUCGUCGUUACGUCAUUUCGUAGUUCUGUAACAGGCGCAUGAGGUUUAUUACAUUUGGUUUAUUACAUUUGUAAUAAACCCAAUCAACAACUGAUGAAUAACAAUCAAGAUUUUUAUUCUGAACUUUCUUUUAUCAACAAAGCAUCAAAGAGAUUUAUAUU